CCUCCUCCUCCUCCCCCUCUUCCCUCUCCUCAAAGUUUGCCCGGGCUCUUGCCCAACGGGGCUGAGGGCUUUCCGCUUGGCACUGAAGAAGCUUGGUUCGGUUGGUUUUCCCUUUUCGAAGAAGGAGGAGGAGGAGAAGAAGAAGAAGCCGCCUUGGAGGAGUCUAUUAGGGAUUGGAUUUGGCUGAGGCGCCUUUCGGGGACCAACUUGGAGGGGUUCUCGGUCUCUCUUUUGGGGCGAUGGGGGAUUGAAGGGAAGGCUCGUGUGUUGGUCGUCUCUCCCUGCCUCCCUCUGGCUUUUUGGGGAGGAGGGGGCCAUGGCUCCUGCGGGGCUGCUCCGGGCGCCGGUGCUGCUCCUGGGGCUUUGGCUCUGGCUGGGCGCCCCGGAGGCAGAGGCGGCGGAGGUGAAGGCGAGGGGCUGCGGCGAGGUGCGGGAGGCAUACCGGGCCAAGGGCUUCAGCCUGGCCAGCGUCCCCUUCCAGGAGAUCGCAGGGGAACACUUGAGAAUUUGCCCUCAGGAAUAUACAUGCUGCACAUCAGAAAUGGAAGACAAACUAAGCCAGCAAAGCAAAUUGGAAUUUGAGAACUUGGUGGAUGAAACAAGUCAUUUUGUGCGCACUACAUUUGUGUCCAGACACAAGAAAUUUGAUGAAUUUUUCCGAGAACUCCUGGAGAAUGCGGAGCGAUCCUUAAACGAUAUGUUUGUACAGACAUAUGGCAUGCUCUACAUGCAGAAUUCUGAAGUGUUCCAGGACCUCUUCAUAGAACUGAAGCGAUACUAUACAGGAGGCAAUGUGAACUUGGAGGAAAUGUUGAAUGACUUCUGGGCUCGGUUAUUAGAGCGAAUGUUCCAACUCAUAAACCCCCACUAUCACUUCUCGGAGGACUAUCUCGAGUGUGUCAGCAAAUACACAGACCAGCUUAAGCCUUUUGGAGAUGUACCGAGGAAACUGAAAGUACAAGUGACGAGAGCUUUCAUCGCUGCACGGACCUUUGUUCAGGGGCUGACCGUAGGCAGAGAAGUUGCUAACAGGGUAUCGAAGGUCAGCCCUACCCCAGGAUGCAUCCGUGCACUAAUGAAGAUGUUGUACUGCCCUUACUGCCGGGGACUUCCCACUGUGAAACCUUGCAACAACUACUGCCUCAACGUAAUGAAGGGCUGCCUUGCCAACCAAGCUGAUUUGGAUACUGAAUGGAAUCUCUUCAUAGAUGCUAUGCUUUUGGUAGCAGACAGAUUAGAAGGACCAUUCAACAUUGAAUCGGUAAUGGAUCCCAUUGAUGUCAAGAUUUCUGAAGCCAUCAUGAACAUGCAAGAAAACAGUGCACACGUAACAGCAAAGGUCUUUCAAGGGUGUGGACAGCCCAAACCAGCUCCAGGUAUAAGAACUUCCCGCUCCAUUCCUGAUAACUUUAAUACCCGCUUUCAUCCUUAUCACCCUGAGGAAAGACCAACAACAGCAGCGGGUACAAGCUUGGAUAGGCUGAGGACUAUCUGGAGGACAAUGCAACAUGCUGUCAUUGACAUUAAAGAAAAACUGAAGCUUUCAAAAAAGUUCUGGUCAACAUUACCAUACACCAUCUGCAAGGAAGAAAGAGUGACAGCUGCCCUUUCAAAUGAAGAGGACUGCUGGAAUGGGCAUACCAAAGCUAAAUAUCUACCAGAGAUCAUGAAUGAUGGCCUUACCAACCAGAUCAACAAUCCUGAGGUGGAUGUAGACAUCACCAGGCCUGACACCUACAUUAGGCAACAAAUCAUGGCCCUGAGAGUCAUGACAAACAAACUCAAGAAUGCUUAUAAUGGAAAUGAUGUGAACUUUCAGGACACAAGCGAUGAGACCAGUGGCUCAGGAAGUGGUAGUGGUUGCACUGAUGACAUUUGUCCAACAGAAUUUGAAUUCAUCACCACAGAAGCCCCCCUUGUUGACUCAGACAGAAGGGAAGUGGACUCUUCAGCAUGUCAUCCCAGCCAAUCAGGGCUCACAUGGUUCAUCAUCUGCCUGGUCCUCCUACUGCAAAGACAGUGCAGAUAAUCCUGGCUCUGAUCAGUGAUGACUGUCUUUUAGCUAUUGAUAAUAUAAUAAUAACAACACAGCCAACUUUCUCCUUUUCUUAUGCUCUUGGACAAGGGACCAUAUCACAAACACUUAACAGUUUUCUACAAGAGAAGAGUGGUGCGGCAACCUGCUCCCCUUUGUGUUUUCCCAAAGAGUACCAGGUGUCAGAAUGGACAGUUUCCUCUUUGUUUCAGAUAGCUGUGAAGACAAUGUCCCCUCCUCAGAGACCUUUUUUUCUCACAUUUUUAUUACAGGAGACUCUUCAGAGCUUAAUUUGCUUUUAUGCUGCAGGAAAAGAAGGUCAGGGAGGGAAAGGGUUAGAGCACGAGAUUUUAUUUUCCAGGGGGAAAGGAAGAGAAACCAAGACCAUAAAUGUGUUUCAAAAUCAAGCAAAGCCCAUAGCCCAACAACAAAAAGAACAUCAAAAAGUGAAGCUCAAAAGAGAGGUGAUACCUCUUUGUGGGGAUGUAUCUCUAUUACACGUCAGGGUACCCAAUGAUGUUUACCACUGGAAGAAAGUUUCUGAGUUUGUUUUUUGUUUUGUUUUGUUAAUGUGACACAAAACAACUGGUUCACAUCCAACCCUAUCAUUAGGCAGAAUGAGGGGAAAGCCUUAGGCAGAAAAUGUAUGAAAUGGGCAGGCCCUGAACCCCUCUUCCUGAACUCUGAAGGCAUGCCACGCUACUGGAAGACAAAGCUACAACCCCUAAACUAGCCUGCUACCAUCAGUUGUAUAGGAAGAUACCAUCCCUUCAUCAGCAUUGAAGUAAAAUUAAACUGCCAGCCCAGUUUGCUUCAGUAUGUGGAAUUAAGGGAGGGGACCAUCUUGUUCAUGGCCUCAGGCAGAAAAAAACCCAGCCUGAACAAGGAUAUGUUUUGUACUCUAUUGGCCAUAGACAAGCUUUGGCAAUAGGUCUUUUGGGGGGGGGGGGGCAGACAAGCUCUAGUAACAGAAUAGCUUCACCCCUCUCCAAAAACCCACAUUGUUUACCCCAGUUCAUAUCUGAAUUCUCUCUGGUCUCAUUGGUUUAAUAUUUAUUCCUGGUAUGUAAAUCACAAAGGAGUCCACCAGGUUACACAUCAUCACUGCAGUAAUGAGUUGACAAUCCCUUAAAAUGUUUUAACGCAAAGGUUUGGACAUGGAGGGGGAUCUCUUGCAAUAUAAUCUCUUUUCUUUAGCUGCAGGUUUGGGGGCAACUGUGUUCCUUACCAAAGCAAAAUGGCAGUUUUCAAAGGAAGUGAUAACAGUAAUUGGAUCAGUACGUUAAGUUUUGCAUAGAAAUGGCAUCCUUCGUAUCUAUUAGUUUCUGUAUCAGAAGGAAACUCUGUCGCUAAAACAUUGACACAAAUAUCUAUCUAUAUAUAGUACUGACAUGCAAAAUUUCUUUCACUUUUUUAGUCUUAGUAUGACCAUCUAUUUUUAUAUAUAUGAAAAUAUAUAUAUCUAUAAACCACAAAUUUUAAUUUCUUAAUUACAAGCUCAGGGUUGACACGUCGUUGUAGGGGGGAAAGUUUUGUCAACCAGCUUUUCUUUUGGUUGUGCUGCUUAAGAAAAAGGCAUCCUUUCAUGACUGGCAGGUGCUAGUAUCAAAGAAAAGAACUUUUUUGUUUCAUUUUCAGAUGCCCAUUGCUUUCUGGAAUUGCUAAGGGGCAGCGUGAACCCUUUUUCAUGUCUGUACUUUUGUGUAAGCAGAUGGGUGCAACACAGACAUGGAAAUACAGGGAGCAGUGUGACUUUGUAGGAACAGAUUGUACUCUGGGAUACUUUCUUCAAAGGUCAGGUUAACUGCCUAUAUGGUUAUGAUACUUUCAGUAAGAAAAUAUGGUCAGAAAUCUCUAUUGUGGCCUAAAGUAACUUUAUGCAUACUUAGCUACAUAGCAGAGUCACUAAGGAGCACUUUUAGCAAACUGCAAAAAUGCAUAACGGCAACAGUGUCCCAAUGUGCAUCAGGCUCUAUGAAUGCAGACUGGUACUCUGUAGCCAGUGUCCUGGUGUACUUUGAUCCUGAUGUGCAUUGGUCCCAUUGAGUGUCGAGUCCCAUUGUGCAUUCAGUCUCAUUGUGUGUCAGUCACAAUGCACAACGGUCACUUUACUGGCUCCAACAGCUCCUUUCUAAAUAUGAAUGUUGCAAAAUAAUUCAAUUUUAUUUUCCACAGACAUAGGUCCACUUAGAAAGACAUAAGUUCCCAAGUGAAUUCCAGCCAGCAAUCAGCUGUGAUGGGGAAUAAUGGUCCUGUCCCCAUAAAGAUAAGCAUAAACUUUCCUUUCUCUUGCUUUGUAGCCCUCACAUCAGGAACCAUCCAGUGUCUAACCUUUGGUAGGUCUCUGUGAGCAUUACCAUGCUUCUUCCUGCUGUGAUUAGCCUAGGGACCUGGAAAUGCUGAGGCACUUCUGCAUGUCACAAGAUAAUGUGCCAAAGGGAUUUGUCAAUGGCAGCACCAGUGUGCCCAGAAUGAAGAAAGCAGAGUGGGGAAGAGGAGAUGUAUACAUGUCCCAGGCUCUCUGAAUCCUGCCCUCCAUUUGAAAAGAUAGUUGGAUUUCAGUCAAGAUUGUAACCAUAAGCCAGGACUUUACUACCUAAAUCAGCCUAGUUGAAAAGGGCUAGCAUGGAAUUAUUUGCAACAAAUAGAUUGCCCAGUUUUGAUGAUUCUUUUUAGUAUGGAUGAAGAAAGACUUAGCACAACACUUUCAAGUUGUCAUUUAGGCACUGACCAUGUAAUCUGUAUACAUCCUCUGAUUAUAAUUAGCUGUCGACUUAGUAGUGAAAGUAGUAAGCUCACAGCACAAAUGUACAAUAUAUACUUAAGCACUUUUACACUUCUCCCCCUAAAAUGAACCAUAUAUUCAGCUAAUGAUUAUAUAAUAGAGAGGAGAAAAUGAGGAUAUUUUGGUUCUCCUAAAGAAAAGAGAGACAGAGAGAGAGAUUUAGGUAUUAGUACUAGUCUAUUAUUAUUUAAAGCCCUAUCCCAAAUUACACAAUGAUUGCUGAUUCAUUUAAAGUCACUUGUUUUCAGACACCUAUUUUCAGCCACAAGUCUUGACUGUAGACAGCGGUGUAGCUGCAGGGGGGGGGAGUAAAAUGAUGGCAUUGCUCCCCCCAACAAUUAUACCACACCCCAAUGAAAUUUUCCUUCAGUCCCCAAAUGUCUAGCAUUACAGAGAAUGAGACAUUGAAAGUCAACCAGUUUCAUAUUCAUUUAUAUUUGCUACAUUUGCAUUCCCUUGGUGUCCUGUUUUCUGUGGACACCUAAACUACAUUUCUAAAUGCUCACCUGACAUUCUAGGUACUGCUGUGGUAGAAAUGUGGGGGCAGAAGGAAAAUUUCAGGGCCUGAGAAUUCCUAUUGGAGGCAAUGCUCUCAUUUUCCCACCAUAGCUACAUCCCUGACUGUACGUCCGCCAUUUCACAAAGUCACGUUUGGAUGCAGCCCAACACAGAAUUCGAAAACUUGUCCUCUGAUGGAUAGUAGUGCCUGUGGUCAUGUGUACCAGAGUGCCAUUCAUUUCAAGAGGAUGGAACUGCUACUAGCCUUCACUGGAUUGAGGUUUACAUGCCUCCAAACAUACACAUGGAAGGACCAUUUAGCCAGAGGUUGCAGCCCACAAAGCUAUUUUGUGGCCCUUGAUCCCUCCAGAUUACCCAGACUGCUCCCUUUUUGUCCAAAACAGUUGUCAGGAGCAGCAAUUCAACAUAUAGGUUGCAGUCCUUUACCUCUGCUUUUGUUUGACAUCAAGAAAUACCUCCCCCCCAAAAAAAUCAGUACUGGGCUUCCAACCACUCUUCCAGCCCUUGUGGCCUUCUGAGGUUCCUGUCCUGACUUUAACCCAACAUUGCCUUCACUCACUGCCUGCAACCCAGUUAACAGCAGCUCUUCAGGACCUCACACAAAGGACCUCUCUGUAGGCCCCUUACUCAAGACUGUUUUAACUGAAGAUGUCAGGGAUUGAACUUGAGAUGUGAUAUAUGCAUAUAUUGUUCCACCGAGCUAUGAUUUGCUAUACCCUCAAAGAUGAUGUACUCAAUAUUUUUCCAUUCCAAUAUCUUCACUACUUUCAUAUUUUGACAAAUUUGACUGGUACCCAUUCACCCAGAGCACAUAAACACAAAGCAUUUUCAGAGAGGAAUGUUACCAAGGGCUUUUAUUUCUCUAGAAUUUUUCUAUUAUUGAUCUUGUAAGGAUGCACCAUGUGAUGAAAUCAAAAUGGAACUAUAGGAAGAGCAGUGCUCAUUUUCAAUGGCUGUGUAUCACAUUAUCUGAGUCUCCCUACUUGGCAUCAUAUAUAUGACAACAAACAACCACAAAAAAAUUUGAGAGACAGACUACUCAUUCCAUCCAGAUGCCACUGAAAUCAACAUCCCUGCAGCAAAUUCUUCAUGCAUUCCCAACUCUGAUGUGUGGAAGGUGUUGCCAUGUGGUUGUCACAUGGAAAGCAACAUGUAUACAUACCAUUGCCUUGGAGGCUCUACUUCAGUCAUCUAGAUGUUUUAGAUUUCAGUUCCCAAAAGUCCCAGCCAGCAUGAUCAAUUCUAAUAGAAUUAUUCUGGAAGUUGUACUCCAAAACAUCCAGAGGGCCAAAGGUUCCCUGACCCUGUUUUACAUAAAGGUAGCUAUGAUUGACCAGAACCAUUGACCAAACUCAGAAACUUCUGUGUUGAAAGAGAUGUCCUGGGAUGCUGAGGAUCCUGUGUUGUCUCAUGAAAGAAUGCAUUGAUGGUCCUUUGCCUCUGACAUUUCCUGUGGUUGCACACUACGAGGGAAAGGAAAAUCACACACACACACACCUUUAUACACACCCUUGCCAAUGUGUUUUCAGACACAAUGUGUCUUCUGCUUCUUUACCAGACGUGCACUCACCUCUAAGCAUCUCACCUCAUCUUUCCCCAGGCUCAAAGAUCAGAGGAGAUAUAUCACAAAAUCUUGCCUGUGUUGCCAGUAUGCACCUCUCAAAAGAACUAAUGUGUUAAGGCUGAAACCAGACACACACUACAAGCCCUCCAUUGACCCCUAACCAGUGCUGAAGCAACAGCUCAGGCUACCAUUCACAGCCCUUAUGGUCUCUUCAAGCUUCACAGUGCUCUGUCCAGGAUCUUAAUACCUUACCAACCAUCUUGGCUGGCAUCAUACACUCACCUCUUCUGCUUGCCUGCUGAUCCUGCAGGGAAAUUAAACUAUCUUCCAUAGCCAAGGCAGUGUGGUGAACCUGCCAUUGGUAGAUCCCUUCUAGUAGCAUCUCUCUACGCAUUGUUAGAUAUGUCCUAGUCAUUAGCGUAAUGUAAUAUUGAGUUCACUUUACAUCUGACGUAUCAAUUAUAAUCCAACUCUGUCACUUAGACACUUCAGUUCACUCAUCCUGUACUACUCCACUAAGAUUCUUAUUUGGCCUUUGCCAGUGUAUGAAAUAUUUCUAAAAUGGAAACCAGUUGAACUUCCAUAUGAUGAUGUUGUGUGUGAGUAUAAAAUAUGGUCCCAUUUGUCCCAAUGAAGAUUCUUCACCAUCAUAUUCCUGGCACAGACAGAAAAUGGUGCAACCUUGGCACAUGAGCUACCUACUUCUAAAAUGACUUCCUACACCACAGAUAUGCGUGGGAAAUUGCUUUAGGAUUGUCCUCCACUAGUGUGCCCCUUAGAGCAGACUGUAUCCUCAUUUCGGCAAUUAGAUCUGCUACUUAUGGUAUACACAUUUUAGUGUGUCUUAGGGUGUCUUCUCUGCUUAAUUAAACCUUGUCUCUGCUUCUCAGCAUUUUUUUUCAAGUAGACUAUUUCCACAUUCCAGAAUUUCUCAUAGAACACUGUUUGCUGUUGUUAUUUUUUUUAAAAGAAAGAAAGAAAUUUUAAAGCCUGUUUAUGGGACACAUAUGAGAGGUAUUUCUAUUCAGAUCAAUCCAAUGCCAGUGCAGUGGGUAAUGGACAUAGUUGUUUUUCCUCCCAACUUUAGCACCAUCAUAUCCCAAGGGUCUAGUGAAAACAAUACAGGAAAGAACCACUUCACUUGUAUGUCACAUAGGCUUCUUUCCACAGUCAUCAAGAGGGAGACAUAUGGGACCUGGCCAUAUUACAGUAGCUUUCACAAAAUGUCCAUAAAUGCAUGAUUUGGCCCUGAAUUUAGUAAAUACAGGCUUCAGUUUAUCUGAAUAUUUGAAUUGUCAAAAGAACAAACGAUGAUCAAACUAGGAAUGCAUCACCAACCUGAGUUUCUCUGGAGGAGGCAUUUUUCUGGUUCAGGAUGGCACCCUGUCAGGGCACUUCUGUUGAAGAUGCUGGAUGCCAUCUAGGGAUCAUGGUUCUACCUCCCUGUCCUGACAGAUUAUGGCCUGAUUCUCACUACUUUUUAAACUGGAUCGCAAAUCAGUUUGAAUUGGUUCAAAUGACCCUGGUUCCCAUUUGAAUCAAAUUGCUAAAGCAAUUCGGAGAGGGGGGCCAUGUGCUAAACCCAUUUAACCCGCGUCUUUUUGAUGCUGAUCUUUUCCAUGUCUUUUUGAAUAAAUUGAUUCCACACAAGUGUGAACCAGAUGUGGAUCAGAACCUAUUUAAAUAUGCCAUUCGGCCAGCUGGAGAAGGUCCCUUUUGAACCGAUUCAUUCAUGAAUGUGAACGACAAGUGGGUUAUUUUACAGGGGGGAAAUGCAAUCGGGGCAAAUGUAGUGUGAACCAUGCUCUGCUGUCGAAUUGAUCCAUAGAUUCGGAUUCCUAACCGAUUUAUUUGUAAGUGGGAAUGAGGCCUAUGUUAGGUAACAGGAAAAUACAUUAACAUGUCUCCAUCCAUCAUGUUUUGGUCUGAGUCCAACAAUUAAUGUGAGUUAAAUCAGGGAUAAAUUUGUCCAAUCAUACUUCUCUGCAUAUUUCUUCACUGGAGGUAUGGCGAUGGCUUUGUGCGAGAUGUGCACAUAAUUCUCAAAUAUUCCCUAAAGCUUGAAUUGUCUCUUUUUCACACCUCACAUUGUCUUGGAAUGUGAAGGAGCUAUUAAAUCUACAGAGCGUGUUGAAUUUCAGAGUUAGGAAAUAAAAAUUUUAAAACCCGGUGCUUCUAAAAGCAAGUUUCUAUAUCAUUUGAAGUGCCUCACUUUACAUUUUCCUUGCUUAUAAUAACUGUUUGUUUAAGUGGAAAUGAUGAGUUAUUUCUGUACCGUAAUGCAAAAUUUCCUCUUCUGUUUCUGGCCAGAUACAGAAAACAAAGCCUCUGUUAGUUUUGCAAUGAGAUUGCAUUAAUAAGCUUGCAAUAGUUGGAGCAAUAGGUUUAAAAUCCUAUAACAUAUCCAACCAUGUUGUAUUAAUAUAACAUCCUAAAGAAAUGGAUGUCAGAAUGAUGGUGUUUUGGCUGCUAAUUGUGUUAUAAUAGUUGUUCUAACCAGCCUGAUCACUGCAGUACCAACCAACUCAGAUUGCUUCCAAAGGAUACUGAUAAUUUUUACUUUGGAAAUAAUCCAUCUGUCAAUAUGACCUAUAUAUCCAUUAUUUCCCUUUAGUAUUGCAUUGUACUGAUUUCCACAUACCAGCUGAC